AUGUCUAGCCAACCUCAAAUCAACCCGAAGAAGCAGCAGGAGCUCCAGCUCCAAUACACAAACUUCAAAAACACGCUGCAACAAUUGGCGCAAAAGAUUGGCGACCUUGAGCAAGAAGCCGAAGAGCACAAGCUUGUCAUUGAGACACUCGACCCCCUCCCCAAAGAACGAAAGUGUUUUCGCAUGGUGAAUGGAGUGCUGGUCGAGCGCACGGUUCAAGAUGUCCUACCUUCGCUUAAGACAAACUCGGAUGGAUUGAAGCAGGUGUUGGAGGAAAUGCUGAAGCAGUACAAGUCCAAGCAGGGUGAGCUGGACAGCUGGAAGAAAAAGAACAACAUCCAGGUCGUGCAGCCAUAG